GAAGCUCCGGAGACUCUAUCUUCCUUUUCCUUGUUGCCUCCUGCUGAUGCUGGCGGGAGCGGAGCAGCCCGGGUUUGAUGUGAGCGUCUUGCCCGAAAACCCCGUGGUGGAACACGGAGGAUCUCUCUGGGUGAACUGUAGCUCCAGCUGCCCGGAGGACGAUGCCAGGGGCGACUUGGAGACGUCGCUUGUCGGGGAGAGGAAAGACAAUGGGAGCAACUGGGCGGCCUUCCAGCUGGCGAACAUCACGGAGUGGGCGCCCGCCCUAGAGUGCUCCUUCCGCUGUGGAGGAGAACGCAAGGCUGUGCUGGCAAACAUCACGGUGUAUCGACUUCCAGAGCUUGUGGAGCUGGAUCCGGUGCCAGAGAUGGAGGUGGGAGAGAACUAUACCUUGACCUGCCGGGUUUCCAACGUUGCCCCCAUCCGGAACCUGUCCGUGACCUUCCUCAAAGGGGGGGAGAAACUCCACCUGCAGAGAUUUGAGAGUCACAUUGAGCCCGAAGCUGACGACGUUGUGGUGAACCACACGGGGACUGCUCGACGGAUUGACCGCGGGGAGGAAAUCAGCUGCCGUGCGGCCCUGGAUUUGAGGCCAGAAGGGCCCCUCUUCGAAAAGACCUCCAUCAAUCAAACGCUGACUAUCACGGCUUUCCCAGCAGACCCCCGGCUCCAAAUCCGACGCUACAUAGAGGCGGACGAAGAGACAUCUGCGACGUGCGAUGUGGUGGGAGUUUUCCCAGCCAACGAGACCCAGUUUGACCUCACCUUCAUGGGGACAGGGUUGAACUUCAGCGUCACGGUGUCGGGGGACACAGCCACGGCCCGAGCGAAGGUGUCCGUCCCAAACGCGGGAGAAGCGAAGUUGAACUGCACGGUGUCCCUGGGGCCAGUGAUCAGAUCAGUAGCGGAAUCUGUGAAGGUUUACAGUUUUCCAAACCCCUCAUUGGAAAUCCAUCCUCCUCAGGCCUUUGCAAAUAAUCCCAUGACUGUCACAUGUGAUGCUCCGGCUACCCAACCACCAAAUGUUUCUCUUCGGAUUAAAAAUGCUUCCGGACGCAUCCUGGCCUCCGGAGAUCAGCUCCCCCUGCAGCUCAACCUGACGGCUCAGGGGGAAGACGACGGGAGGGAAUUGGCGUGUGAGGCAGACCUGGCCGUCGAUGGGAACGCCGUUGUCACAAAGCACACCUCCGCCAACCUGACUGUCUUCUGGAACCCCAGGCCAAAGGUGACCUGCGCGAAAGACAGCAUCGUCCGCGCCACGGACAAAGAGGAGUGGAUCACUCGGGACCACGAGGGCAUUAUAACUGCACCAGCGCCGAUUGGGCCUCAGCUGGACGAAUCCCACUGCCCAGGCAGCCAAACCUGGGUGGAAAGGAAGCUGCAGCAACUCAACUGCCAAGCUGACGGGGUGCCCACCCCUGAGGUCUCCUGCUUCAAAGACGGCGUGGUGUACGACACUGAGGAACUGCACAAUGUCACCCAAAGCCAAGCUGGAGUCUACCACUGCAAUGCCACCAACGCCCACGGAUCAAGCAGCAAGGCUGUCACCGUCACGGUGGAGUACGGGCCUGAAAUGGACGAUGCCAGCUGCUCCUAUAAUUGGACGUGGACGGGAGGGACAGAGCAGAAUUUUGUCUGUUCUGCACGGGGCAGCCCGGAACCGACAGUGGAAUGUGUGAAGAAUGGCGUCGUUUACAACCUCGGGGUGCUCCAGCGCGCCUCCAGAGAACACGGCGGCACCUAUCGCUGCACAGCCACGAACGCACACGGCUCUGUCGCCAGGGAUGUCCACAUCCUAGUGGAAUAUGAGCCAGAAAUGGAUGAAUCCAGCUGUCCAAGUAACUGGACCAUGGUGGAAGGGGCAGUGCCCGCUUUUGCCUGCCACGCUGAAGGGGUACCACCCCCCACAGUGGUAUGUACCAAAGAUGGCAUGUCAUAUCACCUCAGCCAAGGAGAAGAGAUCCCUGUCCACAACGGGACCUUCUGGUGUAACGCUACAAACCGCCACGGGACAACCUCCAAGUCAGUCACGGUGGUGGUUGAAACCAAGCCUAAGAUGGACGAGUCCAGCUGCCCCAGCAACCAGACCUGGCUGGAGGGGACCCUGCGGUCCCUGGCCUGUGAAGCCAAUGGGACCCCCACCCCGCUGGUCCUUUGCUUCAAGGAAGGAGCCCCCGAGGAGGUCCACCGAGAGCAGAACGUCAGCAGGAACGACUCGGGGGUCUACCAAUGCAAGGCAACGAAUGGACACGGGACGGACCGGUGGACGGUGAUGGUGCAGGUGGAAUACAGGCCCACAAUCUCCCUUCUGGCCGUCAGUGCUUCUUUGCCCAUCCGAAGGGGAAUGAGCUUUAACAUCACCUGCCAAGCUGAUGGGACCCCACCUGUCGUCUACACCUGGAGGGUUCCUCCAGCUUCCAACCUCAACUAUUUCGGCUUCAACAACACCGUGAGCAUCACUGGGGCAGGUGGACAGAAUAGUGGUAUCUAUGAGUGUACGGCCAGCAACAAACAUGGCCAGCACCUGAGCCAGGUGGAAAUCCAGGUGAAAGAGCACUGGCUCUAUAUUAUCGUCGUCGUUGCCAUCGCUGGGGCCGCCAUGUUGGUGCUGGGCGGGAUGGCGGGGGUGAUCUACUACCUGAAAUCCACGGCCUGUAAGAAAGGCGAGUACAACGUUCGCGACGCAGAGAAUUCGACCGAAGCCACCUGUCUCAACCGUGAGAGGGCCUGCGAUGGGGAUAUCUACGGCAUACAGCUUACGAGGACCUGAAGAAGACAGCAGGUACGCUAAGCAGAGACGAAGAAGCCAAGGGGAGAGUCCUCGCUG